AUGACCAAAGAAAAACACCCUGCCAUUAAAUCGGCUGUGGUUAGCCACCCUUGCCCGUCGUACGUCCACUCUCGGAUUACAGUUUACCACGCUAGCAAGAUCGACCUGCGCUACUGUCGUUCCCUUCACAGCUGUUCCUCGUGUAAAAUGGGUCAGUUAAAGGACCCCUGCAGUGCCAUCCAUUUCGGGAUGUGCUCUGCUGUGGUUGGGCCGCCAGCCAAAUCACGAAAACGACAUGGUACAUCCGUGCUGACCACCGCUUCUAGACCGGUUAUGCGAGACGGCGGGGUUUUAUAUUACAGAAGCGCAAAUUUGCUACACCCAAUAGGGCCAAACUCGCCAAAAACUCGCAGCUUGGCCAUUUUACGAGAGGGUCAUGAACUGGCAGGAACGUCAUUGGAUAACAGAGCUGCGGUUUUGCAGAACAAUGUCUUUCGUCUUCACCCUCAGAGGCAGGUGGUGCUUUCGGGUAGCCAGGCUGGAGCUAACAGCGGUAACCUUGGUCAGCAUGCAGGUUCCAAUGUGGUUAUCUCAACAGGUCGUGGUCAAGGUGGUGGAAUGGCCAUCAGAUUCACCCCUGGCCAGACGAAUAUUAUCAGCGACGGCAACACGAACAUAGAAAUCCAAGGUCAGGGCCGUGCCAUUCAUAUUCAGAGCACGGGAGGCCAGAAUGUUCGAUUUCGUUCCAUGGUCGGCCCUGGGGGUCAAUCAGGUCAUGUGAUUAACAUCCAAGGCAAUAGAGGACACGGGAAUUACCCCGAAUACAUCGAUGCCAGACCAAUCACAGUACCUUUACCUGUUGAUGUCACAGAUUCCACAAACGAAACCGAGUCCCCGGUGCCAAAAAGCUUUUUAUCUACAAAACAGAUUGUCCAUCAGAAACCAACAGCUCGAGUAGCUCCAGCUCCUGUAAUACCUUCAGUUCCUACGGCAUCCCGGACUGUACUGCCUCCUGCUUCGCUAAGUCCUCAGCUACCACUGGAUGUUUCUCCUUUCGUGGGACCACCAGCUUCAGUGCAGCCAAGUCCACCAUUGUAUGACAACUCUGCAUCUGCGCCAUCUCCUUCUGCACCGCUGAUAUCGGGAUCACCAGUGGCCACUGUAUCGCCAACUAAACAGCCUGUGAUUGCAGCUAACAAGGAGAAUGCUACCAGUCCCAUCCAUGCCAUCCCAACAGAGCAAGAGCUGCAAGUGAUUACUCCGGACUCUAUACAGAAUCUGCCAGACAUUUCAGGGAGGACAGUUUCUGACCAGGACAUUUGGGAGAGACAGUUACUGCAUCAAGUAAACGAGGCAUUUCUUAACAACCAAAACCAGAACAGAAAAGAUGCUGACAUCUUUCAACCGCUGCGAGAGCAAGCUCUUAAAGAACGUACAUCAGAGUCACCAACUCAGAACAACAAAUUUUUAGCACCUUCGGACAACCAACUACAACAAUCUAGACAGCCACUUUCGCCCACGAGUAUACCCCAGUUUUAUUUUCCAUCUGGCAAGCCAGAUAUGGGUUCAGACAUUGAGUACGUCCUACAGAAUGUUGCACAGACAUUCAAUGAGUUGGAAGGAGGCAGGGCAUACAAAGAACACAUGGGCAGUAUUACAAAGGCAUGUGGAUUUCCUUUGUACUGGAAAAUUUUAUUGUUUCGGGCAGCAGGCGGGGCAACUGAGGGAUUUAUAACUUACCAAGGCUUGUCUGUUCUUUUGCGAAAAUUGCAUCAAUCUUGUCAUGACGACGCCUCCAGAUUUACAAAGUUCACUGCCAAACCUGGCUCCAGUGUGCUGGUGUUCGAGGACUUUGAACCCCUAAUUCAGGAUGUAAUAAUAACGCAUCCAGGACUGACAUUUUUGCAAGAUGCCCCAGAAUUCCAUUCUAGAUAUGUUACUACGGUUAUUUCUAGAAUUAUGUUUUGUGUCAAUCGGUCAUGGACUGGAAGGAUUACAUUGCCAGAACUACGGAAAUCAAAUUUUCUGCAGACUGUUGUGAGGCUGGAGCAGGAAGAUGACAUCAACCAGAUUAAGGACUACUUUUCCUAUGAGCAUUUUUAUGUCAUCUAUUGCAAGUUCUGGGAGCUGGACAAGGAUCAUGAUCUGUUCAUAGACAGAGAGGAUUUGUCUCGGUACAAUGACCAUGCACUCAGUUCAAGAAUUGUUGACAGAAUAUUUUCAGGGGCAGUCACUAGGGGGCCAGAUUUUCAGGAAGGAAAGAUGAGCUACAAGGAGUUUGUGUGGUUUCUUUUAGCAGAGGUGGAUAAAAAGCACCCAACAAGCAUUGAGUACUGGUUUCGCUGCAUGGAUCUGGAUGGGGAUGGUGUUAUAUCCAUGUAUGAGAUGGAGUAUUUUCAUGAAGAGCAAAUGAUGAAAAUGGAGACCCUUGGUAUUGAAAGGCUGCCUUUUGAGGAUACAGUUUGCCAGAUGAUGGACAUGGUAAGCCCAAAAGUCAAAGGAAGGAUAACUCUCAGAGAUCUGAAAGCUUGCAAAAUGACUGAUGUUUUCUUUGAUACCUUCUUCAACCUGGAUAAGUUCCUGGAGCACGAGCAGAGAGAUCCAUUCACAAAUACCAGGGAUCCUAGUGUGGAUCCCAAUGAAGAUAAUGACUGGAACAGAUACGCAGAAGAAGAGUAUGACAUUCUUGUUGCAGAUGAGGGAAACAUGGAGCUGGAUAAUAGAAAUUUUGAGGCUGAUUUUGAAGGAGAAGAUGAUGCUCUAUUACAAGACGAGAUAUUAAGGUCCAUGCAGAUUGAAGGACAUCAGAGGUCUCCAGCAGAUCUUCAGCCGGCAGAAGAAGGCUAUGAAUUUAGCAGUGUUGCAUUUUAG